GUAAUCAACUCGCUCGCUCACUCACCUGAACACUGUUGUAUAUACGGCUCUGCGAGUGUGAGUUUGACCUAUAUAUACAUUUAUAUAUAUAAUUGGCGGGAAAAGAAGAGUUUCGGCGAGAGAGAGAUGAAGGAAAUGAGAGGGAAAGGUGCGGAGGAGACGGUGAACGAGAGAUACACACAGUGGAAGUCGCUGGUGCCAGUGCUCUACGACUGGCUCGCCAACCACAACCUCGUUUGGCCUUCUCUCUCUUGCAGAUGGGGUCCGCAACUAGAGCAAGCCACUUACAAGAACCGUCAGCGCCUGUAUCUUUCUGAACAGACUGAUGGCAGUGUUCCAAAUACACUUGUCAUUGCAAACUGUGAAGUUGUCAAACCUAGGGUUGCAGCUGCAGAGCAUAUAUCACAGUUCAAUGAAGAAGCGCGCUCUCCUUUUGUAAAAAAGUAUAAAACUAUUAUACAUCCUGGUGAGGUGAACAGAAUAAGGGAACUCCCACAGAAUAGUAAGAUAGUGGCCACACACACUGACAGUCCUGAUGUUCUCAUUUGGGAUAUUGAGGCUCAACCUAAUCGACAUGCUGUCCUGGGAGCUUCAAAUUCUCGUCCAGAUCUGCUAUUGACCGGUCAUCAAGAUAAUGCCGAAUUCGCUCUUUCUAUGUGCCACUCUGAACCCUUUGUGCUCUCUGGAGGGAAGGAUAAAUCAGUGAUUUUGUGGAGUAUUCAUGAUCAUAUCUCAACUUUAGCAUCAGAUCCAGGGUCCGCGAGGUCUCCAGGAUCUGGAGGUGCCAAUGCUAAACAUGCCUCUAAGACUGGUGGGAGUAAUGACAAACCCACAGAUAGCCCUUCUAUUGAGCCACGGGGUAUCUAUCAAGGGCAUGGGGAUACUGUUGAGGAUGUGCAAUUCUGCCCAACUAGUGCACAAGAGUUCUGUAGUGUAGGCGAUGAUUCUUGCCUCAUACUGUGGGAUACACGAGCUGGCUCUAGUCCAGUUGUCAAGGUUGAGAAAGCUCAUGAUGCUGAUCUUCAUUGUGUUGAUUGGAAUCCGAAUGACGUCAAUCUCAUUCUUACAGGGUCUGCUGAUAAUACUGUUCGCAUGUUUGAUCGCCGGAACCUCACUUCCGGGCAAGUUGGAUCACCCAUUCAUACAUUUGAGGGUCAUAAUGCAGCUGUCCUCUGUGUACAGUGGUCUCCUGACAAGUCAUCUGUCUUUGGGAGUUCUGCUGAGGAUGGUGUAUUAAACAUCUGGGAUCAUGAAAAGAUUGGUAAGAAGCAAGACUCUGUUGGAUCAAAGCCGUCAAAUGCUCCUCCAGGAUUGUUCUUCCGACAUGCUGGUCAUAGGGACAAGAUUGUUGAUUUUCAUUGGAAUGCAUCUGAUCCGUGGACAAUAGUUAGUGUCUCUGAUGAUUGUGGAAGUACCGGAGGUGGUGGUACACUCCAGAUAUGGCGGAUGAUUGAUUUGAUUUACAGGCCUGAGGAAGAAGUCCUCGCAGAGCUGGAUACGUUCAAAUCGCACCUAAUGACAUGCCAGGCGUGAUGUCUCCUGCACAUUUCCAGAAAACGUUGGAUAAACUCAACCCUCUUCUUUAAUCUUUCGAACCAGUCCGCAAAGGCAAUGACCCCUUCUCCCCUAGUCCGUAGUCCAUCUUAAGAGACAAAAAAGAAAAGUACAACUUUUCGUUCAUCUGGUGUAGUAACAUUUCUUUUCAGUAGGCGGUGUAGUAGGAACUUUAGUUGGCCUAUCUCGGAAAAUCUGACUAUGAUUAUUACGUACAAGUACACCCCGUAUGAAUUUUUAUUAACCCCAAAAGACUUGAAACUUGAAACUUGGAGGCCUGUAAAAAGGGUCUUGAACUUGAUGCUUAGCGGCCUCUUUCAGAUCAUGGAUUGGAUUUUAACUGGAUUGCA